CGCGACCGUCAGCUUGUCUCGCGCAGCAGAGCAGCACACGCGCUCUUCCGUUGCGCGUCAUCCGUUGCGUCUCUUGUCAGACUACACUGCACUCACAAACUCAACGUUGCUGAAAUAAAGCUCUACCUGAGUCUCAAAAGAAGUUUCAAGAAAAAGGAUAGUUUUAUUCAUGAUGUCAAAAAUGGUUUCAAAUGGGGACAUAAAAGACGCGUCAAAGACAUCACAAAGCAGUGGACAUCACAAGUCACAGACAUUUCAUUGCCUGACAACUUUGAUAUGUUUCACGCUGUCAGCGUUUUCAGUGGCAAUUUGUCUCUUUAUUAAUGUAAAAACGUCUCACCUCGAGCGUAAAAUGGAGCUUUUGGAGAUGGAGAGAAUGUCUGUACUUCAACCUGUGCGCGCGACACUACAUGAGAACGCGACGCUUUGGGAUGCGAUAGAAAAACUUGUACAAGUGAGACUCAAGGAAGGAGUGUCAAAAAUUCGCACUGCGCGAGAGGUAACGCAAGAUUGUUCGUGUCCUCCAGGUCCUCCAGGAAAACGUGGAAGAAAAGGCAACCCUGGCACUCCAGGCACUUCUGGGCGAGAUGGUUUCCCGGGUCCAAUGGGUAUGGACGGUAAGCCUGGACUACCGGGUCAGAAAGGCAGUCAGGGAAUGCCGGGACCAAAAGGAGAUAAGGGUGAUCAGGGAGACAUGGGACCACGAGGACCACCGGCCCAUGCUUCAUCUGCAGGCCUGCUCAGUAACCAGAUUCUCACAGUGAAGGGUGAUCAAGGUCAGGCUGGGCCCCCAGGUCCCCCAGGACCUCCAGGAACACCUGGUCCCAGAGGGCCUCCAGGAAACACAGGCAGAGAUGGACCCCAGGGCCACCCAGGAGAGCCGGGUUCUCCUGGAAAAGAUGGAAAUGAGGGACCAAGAGGACCACCUGGUAUUCAGGGUUUAAAGGGAGCUGAUGGAAUGCCUGGACCACAGGGCCCUCCAGGGCUAAAGGGGGAUCAAGGCAUGCCGGGUCUUGAGGGAAAGAGAGGAAUUGAUGGAUAUCCUGGCAAGGGUGAAAAAGGAGAUGUUGGAGAGCCAGGACCCCAGGGUUUGCCUGGAGACAAAGGGGCUACUGGCAUCAUUGAAUAUGCUGAUCUGGAUAUAAGACUCAAGGCUAUGCAGGGGCCUCCAGGACCUCCUGGACAGCAAGGGCCAAAAGGAGAGAUGGGCUUACAUGGAGCACCAGGCCCUGAAGGAAAGCAGGGCGAGAAGGGAGAGAGGGGUUAUGCAGGUGAACCUGGAGCACCAGGAGCAAAAGGGGAUAAAGGAGAUAUUGGGCUGACAGGUCCUCCGGGGGCAGAUGGGCAAAAGGGAAACAAAGGAGACUCUAGGCUUGAGGACAAUCUGGCCCAGAUGAUCUCUUUGCCUGGCCCACCAGGGCCUCCUGGACCACCUGGGCCUGCCGGAUAUCAUGGAUUGCCUGGACUCAAGGGAGAGCCCGGUGAAGCAGUUAAAGGUGAAAAGGGGGAUAUUGGAGAGAAAGGUCCACCUGGGCAGCGGGGUCUUCAGGGUUUUCCAGGGUCUAAUGGAUUAGUAGGUUUGCCUGGUGCAAAAGGUGAAAAGGGAAAACAAGGUGAACCAGGAUUAGAUGGUUUUCCAGGACUUCAAGGAGAAAAGGGGGACAGAGGAGAUAAAGGGGAAAAGGGUGACAGAGGCUUAAUAGGAAAGAAAGGUCUGAAAGGACAGAAGGGAGAACAGGGACCUCCAGGGCUGGAUCAGCCUUGUCCUGUGGGGCGAGACGGACUGCCGAUACCUGGAUGCUGGCAUAAGGAAGAGGCUUCUGGGCAGGGGCGGCAGAGAUGAGAACCGAUUUCAGCCUUGAAAGACACUGAAUGUGGUACAUGAAGGGAGUAUAGUUUGCCAAAGGGUCUGCUGGAUGCUCCAAAUGAAAGAGCUCACCUGAACUACAGAGAGGAAACCAAUGUGGACGUUGCACUGGAUUCGUACUGGCGUACAUAUGGACAAAUCUGUACUCGGGAAACUCUUGGGACUAGGAAGGAUGUUAUCUUUGGUUCCAUUUCUCAACAAAUACAAAUAGUGGAGAAGUGAUACAUUGUAUAAUAACUGAUAUCAUGUAAACUUGUUUUUGUUGUCAACCCUUACAUUGAAUAUAAAUGAUUUUAUUCAUUGUUUUUGUGAGGGGUUGUCUGCAUCCUUAUUGAGCAUUAUAUCAAGUGUAAAUGAAAUGUAUAAUUUUAACAUGAUAAUUAUUUACUUUUUUUAAAAGCUAGUGAGAAUUUUUGAGUGAAUAAGAUGCAUUGUGUAUUAUGUUCAGUUCUUGUUUUUUCUGCAUUAAUAGAGUGCACGUGUAAGAAAAGUGUUAUAUACAUACCGGUCCAAAACAAUUGAAUCAAAUGUUAUGCUAGCUCAUUUUUUACGUUGUGUUCCCAAAUGUCAGACUGCAGUUCACACUGGUUUGGUUUGAGAUUUAAAGGGGACAUAUCAUGACUUUUUCCAUGUUUUUCUAAGUGCUAUAAUUUGGUCCUCAGUGCUUCUAUCAACAUAGAAAAUAUGAAAAAAACAACCCGGUAACUUAGUUUUUAUAAACCAUUCUCUCCAAGCAUGUAAAAGUUGUGACGUCAGAAGGGGAUCAUACCGCCCCUUUAUCUGAACUAUUCAACCACGACAAUUUGAACAUGCUAUAAUAAAUAAUCUAUAUGGUAUGUUGAAAUUAAACUUCACAUACGUAUUCUGGGGACAACAAAGAUUUAUUUUACUUGUUUUUUUUCUUUUAAAAGUCUUGUGAAAUGUCCCCUUUAAAUGCAUCUCUGCUGCUCCUUAUCAGUACUGAGAUCAGUUGUCAGGCAUGCUAGUGUAAAUAUGGUUUAUUGGCGUAGUGUGACAAAUGCCUAAGAGAAAAGAUCCUACAUUAAUGUGGAAAAAUGAUAAACGGCUUUGUUUCCAUUUUAUUUGUACUUUACUCUUAACAACACAUCUUUUAACCGAUUUAAGAUUUAAUUAAUGACAGCUUCCUCAAAUGUUUGAAAUAGACAUUGGUUGUAUACAAGUACAAUAUUUCAUUAUGUAUGUAACCUACCUGUAUAAUCUAAAAUAUAUGUAAGUUAUACAUUAAAAUGAGUUGUAUUUUGA